GUUGCUACCUAUUGCACCACGAAAGUUAGGGGGGAACCCACCGCGAGAGUAAGAAAGGGAAAAGGAAACAGACACGAGUUAAGUUUCGAUUUCAUUUCUGACGACAAGUUAGGUUUCCAUUGUUGAUCACGUGACCCGCGGAGGCACAAACAGGGGCAGACAAGAAUAAUGCCCAGACAUGAGGAGGGACACAGGCUUCUGCUCGGUAUAACAACUCUGUGGUGGUCGAGUCGAGGUCAUCCUGUGGUCCACCUCAACAAGAAACCCCGCUCUCUAUCUCACUCUCCCCUUUCCCCCUCCUCCCUCGUCUCCUCUCUCUCUAUUUCUCCCUCUUCCACUCUUUCUCUGUUUAUCCCGAGGAAUGCAGUAUGAGGCAGGCUGUGGCUCUCUGGCUGUUGACACUCGCUGCUCUGCUCAGGGUAUCAGUGCAGGGUCCCCACCAGCGGUUUCUGCUCAGGGAGCUGCUGAGGGACUACAACCCCAUGGAGAGGCCGGUGGCCAACGACUCCCAGAGUCUCACUGUUCAGUUCUCCUUUACUCUGAUGCAGGUCAUGGAUGUGGAUGAAAAGAACCAGAUCCUCACCACAAAUGCCUGGCUGCAGAUGCAGUGGUACGACCACUACCUCCAGUGGAACCAGUCAGAGUAUCCUGGAGUUAAGAACCUCCGGUUCACUCCUGACCAGGUCUGGACACCUGACAUAUUGCUUUACAACAGUGCUCAUGAUAAGUUUGAUGCCACCUUUAAGACCAACGUGCUGGUUAACUCCAGUGGCUUCUGUGAGUAUCUGCCUCCAGGAAUAUUUGUCAGCACAUGUACCGUGGAUGUGCGGUGGUUUCCGUUUGACAUCCAGCGCUGUGAACUGAAGUUUGGCUCCUGGACGUUUGAUGGCUGGCUGCUGGACCUCCAGAUGAAGGAGGCAGAUGUGUCCGGAUACAUGACCAACGGAGAGUGGGACCUAGUGGAGGUCCCUGGAGGUCGUCACGAAGUUUUCUAUGACUGCUGUCCAGAGCCCUACCCCGAUGUCACCUUUGUGGUGACCUUACGAAGGAGGACCUUGUUUUACGCUCUCAACCUCCUCCUCCCCUGUGUGCUCCUCUCCUCCAUGACUCUAGUGGUUUUCCUGCUCCCCGCCAACUCGGGGGAGAAGAUAAGCCUGGGCAUCACGGUUCUGCUUUCUCUGACUGUCUUCAUGCUGAUGGUUGCAGAGAUUAUGCCCGCCACUUCAGAUUCUGUGCCCCUGAUAGGUCAGUACUUUGUCAGCACCAUGGUGAUUGUCGGGAUGUCGGUCGUGGCCACAGUCUUCGUCCUUCAGUUCCAUCACCACAGCCCCAACAGUGGACACAUGCCCCGUUGGGUGCACCUGGUUCUGCUGCAGUGGGUUCCUUGGUUCCUGCGGAUGAAGCGUCCAGGAGAGGGAGCAGAGCCGCCUCUUUCCAGCUGCCAAGUAGACUCUCAGAGCAAAACGCUGUCCUCUCCUACCACCACCACUACCACCAACACCAUCCCCACGCCAGUGCCCUCCAACCUCCCCCAGAGCCUCAACUCCCUGCAGGCCAGCCUGGCACAGCUCAACACCCACCGGCCCAACUCUCAGGCUGUCAUCCUCCCUAAUGCCAUCCAUAGAGAUCCGAGCUCCAAUCCACAUUCACAGCCCAACGGCCAUCUGCUUUACAUGGGCUUCCAAACCUUCCAGUCCGCCGCGGAGCUGGAGCAAGUUCAGAGGAGCAGGGCCACCAGUCAUGGGAGGUUCAGCAGUGGACUAGGUGGAGGAGAAGGAGAGGGAGGAGAGGCAGGAGGAGGAGGACAAACUGGAGAUACACCUAUCCAUCACCACAUGCAAUCUUCCAAGUUUGGGACCCCCCCACAGGAAACUCCACUGUCCCCAGACCCGGAUCCAUUAACCGCAUCCUCUGGACCCUGCGGCCUAGAGGCUGGGGUUGUAACAGGGAGAUCGGCUGCUAUACACACCCACAGCGGUGUGAUCCGUUCUGUGGCCGUUGACAACCAGCUGCAGGCUCUUCUGAUGGAGGUGCAGUUUUUAGUCGAACGCGUUAAGGAGCAGGACCGGCAGCUCAGUUUGGCAGAGCAGUGGCAGUUCGCUGCAGCCGUCAUCGACCGCCUGUGCCUGAUGGGAUUCAGUGUUUUCAACAUCAUCUGCACCAUCGCUAUUCUCAUGGCUGCACCCAACUUUGGGGAGGCUCUGUCAAAAGACUUUCUCUGACAGACUAAAAACAGAGAGAUAUGAGAGAGUGGGAGAUGUGAAGGAUUUGUUGGAAGCACAAUGGCUGCUAAUGACACUGGGACAUACAGCAGCAGAUAUUUCCUAUUGAGUAAGCUGGAGUGGACUGUGAUGCUGAGAUGUUAUGAUGCUAUAUUUUUGUGUGUGCCAUUUUUCACGAGAGAAAGUAUCUGAUGAUGCUCGAAUUCACUGUUUACCCUGUCUUUGCAAUGGUUUCUAUGACAGUUUGAUUGAUGUGUUUUGUUUUCCCCCCUUCCCCCAAAACAGUGAAAGAAUUGUCUCAUGCAUUGAUUGUUUUGGUGAGUUUUAUUUUCAACUGUUGGAAAGUCAACUGAAACCUUCCACAGAGCAGCAAAUGUUUAAUUGGAAUAUGGAUAACCAUUUGAGGAUUUUUAUCUUUAAUUUUAUAUUAUUUGACAGUGAAAUAAGAAAUGAAGAGUUUUGUGAAUGAGGAUGUUGAAGGAAAUCACCCCAGAAUUAUUUGAUAACUGGGAAGCAUGACUUUACCAAAAUUGUUAUAUAGUAUCAGUACUGCCGUCUUUGGAUGCUACAAGACGAUGCUCUGUAGAGAAACUGGACUGUGACGUGCCGCAUGUAAACCUGCAUUUCUUGACAAAACAGACCAGAGUCUCUGUGUGCUGUUUUGUUACACGCUUCCCCAAAUACUAUUCUUAUAGCGGUACAUACAUUUUGUUACCACUGGCAGUUUUUUUAACAGGAUUUUAUUUUGUGAUUAAUUAUUUUAGAAUUAAGGUUUCCUUUUCAAUCGGAUGCCCAAAGUCAUUGUGAUCAGUAUUUAUUCCAACACUCUUUAUCACAAUUAUACAGCCUGAACAUCAUCCAUGUAAUGGGAUGAUGACAUUGGUGAUUCAUUUUGCAGCUACUUUAACAAUCACGUGAGUAGUUCUUUUAAAAAGCAGAACAUGUACUUUCCCUAGAAAACUACCCAGUAUACUGCCAUAGAGGUGUUUUUUUACCUUCUUGUUUUUGUUUCACCUUUAUUUAACCAGGAUAGGUCCCAUUGGGAUUAAAAAUCUCUUUUUCAAGGGACUCAUUGCCAAGAUAUGCAGCAGCACAAGAUAAAAACAAGUGAUUGUAAACUGACACAAAAACAGAAGAACAGACAAUACUAUUACUUAUAACGUCACAAGGAACAAAGUGCAAUACAAGCCAUGCAUCCAAACAUCCUUUUAAGCACCAACACCCAAACGAUUCUGUCUCCAUAUCUUUUAAAAUGGAUUUGAUAUUCACUUUCUAUAAAAUUAAACAGUACAAUGACAUGAUAUCUCAGCUGGAGGGUUGUUUAAACCUCGCUCAUCCACUCAUUCACACUUUUGUGUAUGCAGAAAAAAUAUAAUCUCUAUGACCCUGCCUGUACCCUGAAUGUAAAUUGUGCCACACAUUUUGCAGGAGUGUUGGACACUUUGAAUGCCAUCGAGUUGUGACGGACCGAGCUGUAAACAUUGUGAAA